UGAGGUGUUGAGCAGGCGCUAUGGGCGCUCUGUAUAUGCUCUCACGUCGGUGAUAAAGCCCGUUUAUGCAGGGUCUGCGACGCGUUCGUCGUUCUAUACCGUCAUUUGCGAUCCACCUCGCGAAUAGAAGGAAUAGGUCUUAAUCCGCGUCGCCUCCAUGCCGCGCGGGCGUAGCUCCAGAGAAAGGUUGUGAGUCCGUUCAUCACACUUGGGACAUGCCUUUGGACCCCCGCGCUUCGCGCGCACCCCGACCGCAGUCCAGCUGGGACUCUAUACAAGCCAAGGCGGGCACUUUAGUGGCCUCCCUCAGUGACAACUUCCGUCAAGCUCGUUUUCUACGACGGUUGUCGUAUGCUAUGCAUGCAUUUCUUGUUCUGAUGCACGUUACGCUGCUCGUCAUCUGUAUCCUCCACCUAGAGGAGAAUGUCGUAGUCCAACUGUCCGACGAUGCAUUCGGCGACUUGACGUCCACUGCGAUCACCGUCUCGGCGACGAUGUUUGCGACGGUCUAUGGCGCAUUGCUCAUAUGGAUGACCCAGCGCCUCGCUUUGCGCCGUCUUCUUACCAGUCAGCAAACACUGACCGCCAUGCACGACGAGUACAACUCCUGGAUUGGCCUUGGCUCCGCGCUCAUGACCCUCUACGGACAAUCGAGGAUCCGCAGCACGAUCGGCUCCAUUUCGCUCAUAACAAGCUAUCUCGUUAACGCUGCUAUUCUGCAUGUCACGAUCCCCGCCAUGUUCUCGUUGCAGGUCGGCACUCAGACUCAUGCGGCUGAGGUGACCAGCUUAGCUGCGUAUCCACGGAUAGACCAUAUUUUCAACGCUAUGGCUGACUGGAGAAAUCCAGAAGGUCACCUGCUUGCCUAUCUGCUUAGCGACGCCACCAGUUUGCUCUCCUACGUUGCGCUUUCUGAUGCACACCAGACCGUCGGCCUAGAUGAGGCCACAAUGUAUGACCAGCUGAUGGUCAAUGACGGCAACGGUACUGUGUUUCUUGAAGCCACGACGUUCAACGCGACCUGCGGUACGCUCCAAGAUUUGACGCUUUUGGACGACGGAAGACAUGGGGACGAAAGUGCAAUACCAGCAUACAACGUCUCCCAUGUGUAUCCAAACGGUACGGAGCAGACAAAUGUUGUGCUCAAGUAUGUAUAUACGAACAACACUAUGGUGCUGGGCUUUCGCAACAAGGAUGCCUACAACCCGACUCCGGGACUCAACCGCACUUUCUAUCUGUACGGCACCUUCGAUCUGGAGGAUUCUGCGGGUACUCUGCUUCCCACUUUCACACUACCGUAUAGGCGCCUCUCGACGAACGUGUCGGUCAUUGGCUGUGACCUCUAUAGUUACAACCACACUGUCGAGGUCUCACGCACAACGCGUCUGGCCCUAGACGGCCAGAUCCCUUCAUUGCGCACAAGCUCGACGCUCUCGCCAUGGCAGCCCCAGGGCGCCACUGCGCCAGAGGAUCUCAACAUCUUGGACUUGUGGAGCACAGGUGUUCAGAGCCAGUAUACGACCAGCGACUAUUACGGAGGAAGUAACCGGCUUGGCUUUAUGGAAAAGUAUCUCAUCACCUGUCUGGAUCUGGACUUGGACAAGAGUGGGCAGGCUGCGCGUGGCCGUGUUCGACUUUCCGACGUUGAGAAUUCCCUGAGCCGGCUCGCAGCAUCUUACUUCUGGUCUUUCAAUCAGGUCAACAAACAAGAUCGAUACUCUAUUCGACGUGAGAAGCAGACACCAAUCACUCGUCCUGAGGUCGUCCUACGAUUGCACCUAAGUCCCGUACCCGUCCUCGCUGGUCUCAUUGUCUCCCUCUUCCUAAUGAUGACAAACGCGCUUCUCGUACGCCCGCGCGAUUCACGUACCGUCGGGGCAGUCGACGUCCUAGAUUCGCUCGGUCUUCUGCAGAUCAUCUGGUUCGUCCGUGGUCGCCCGGAGGUGCUGAGCACAAUCGGUCGCGUUGAGGACCCGAACGAGGACGACCUCCGUCUUGUGGGCAUGUUCGUCAUGCAGCCUGAUGUUCGUGCAUCUCUGCGGCCUUCUGGCGGGCAAGCGGGCUUCGUGCCAGGGCAUCUAUCGUCCGAGCCAUCGACACCGACGUAUAAAUGGACGGACGACGAUCCGCAAUUAUCUCCUACGCCUACACUUUCCCAUCCGGAUUGGGCGAAUCACAAAGAAUAUGAGGAACCCUAAUUAAUACUGAUGCCAUAUAUUGCCGUACGUCGUGUAAUCUGACUCUCCUUUCAAUGUCCAAC